AUGGGCAUCGAUUUCACCGUGUACAAAGGCUCCUCCGAUGGCUCCAUCAAAAAAGCCACCACCCACCGCGAUGACCUCCAAGGCGACUCGGUCCUCGUGCGCAUCACCCAUUCCGGUGUCUGCUUUACGGACGUGCACUACAUGAAGGCCGACAUGGCGCUCGGCCACGAAGGCGCAGGGGUGGUCGAGGCCACCGGCCCGGACGCCAAGCACCUGAAGAAAGGCGACCGGGUCGGCUGGGGCUACGAGCACGACUGCUGCGGGAGUUGCAAGCAGUGCCUGACGGGAUGGGAGACGUUCUGUCCCGAGCGCAAGUUCUACGGAUACGCCGAUCAGGACCAGGGCUCGUUUGCGACGCACGCCAUCUGGCGCGAGGCCUUCCUCUUCAAGAUCCCCGAUGCGAUCAGCAACCAGGACGCGGCGCCGCUGAUGUGCGGCGGCUCGACGGUGUGGAACGCCAUGGUGGUCAGCGAAGUGAAGCCCGUGUCGCGCGUGGGGAUCGUGGGAAUCGGGGGCCUAGGCCAUCUGGCCAUCCAGUUUGCGGCCAAGAUGGGCUGUGAGGUGGUUGUGUUCUCCAGCAGCGACAACAAGAAGGAGGAGGCGAUAAAGCUGGGCGCGUCGGAGUUUCAUGCAACCAAGGGCGCCACGGAGCUCAAGGUCAGCAAGCCGCUGGACAACCUCAUCAUCACGACGAGCGCACAGCCCGAUUGGAAGCUAUACCUUCCUAUUCUGGCGCCAGGCGCGGUCAUCUCCCCUCUGACGGUGGACGAAAAGGAUCUGCAAAUACCAUACAUGCCUCUGCUAGCCAGCGGGAUCCGUAUCCAGGGCAGUAUAGUUGCAGCUCGCCAAGGCCAUCGGGACAUGCUCGACUUUGCGGCACACCACGGCAUCAAGCCGAUCAUCAUGACGUACCCGAUGAGCGUGGAAGGAAUCCAGGAUUCUCUCAAGACGCUGCAGGAUGGCAAAAUGAGAUAUCGUGGGGUUUUGGUUGCAGACAAGCAGUAA